CGGGCAUUGCCCUCCGGCCGCCUAGCCGCCCGCCCGCCGGCGCCCCGCUGUCCGCUGCCAGCUGCCGCGGGAGCCAGAGAUGGAUUUGCAGCCGCUGCAAGUGUGUGGAAGGGCCGUGUUCGUGUUGGCAAAGAAGGUCGGCUGCUGAGCCAGGGCGUGUCUCCCGGAGGCCUGCAGACUGCCAGGAUCCCCACCUCUUUGCAAUGGGCUGCCCAGGCUGGUCAGUUACCAGCCAGUGACAUCGUUGAGGUUCCCGGCUCUCUACCCUGGGAAGGGCCCAGCCUAAGUUACAAAGCCCCAGGCUCCCAGUACCACUCUCAGCCUGUGUGAGAUUGCCACCCCACCUUCUGCCUAUCCUUGGAAGGGGACCGACUCUCAGUUCCCCUUAGCAACCAGGUUGCACCCAGUCCCUUGACUUCGUGCCCAGGUUUCCUGGCACCUAAAGUAGAAACGAUGCAACUGCCCCCUGGGCUUGCUGAGGGCCAGCCGGGGUGUGAGUUUGUCACGGAGCAUAGAAGUCACUGAGUUAAUGGUGAUCCCGCUGGCUGUUAACAUCGAUACAGUUCAGGUCAGCAUGCACCAAGUUCCUCCAACACACCAGGUACAUUGGCUAACCACUUCUUCCAGUCAGGGUGGUGCAGUGAUGAGAGCAGGGACCCUGGCCAGGUGGCCUGGGACCUAACCCCUGCACUGUCACUGCUGGCUGUGGGACUCUGCACAAGACCAGCCGGUUCCUGCUGGAAGCUCCUGGUCUGAUCUGGGGAGACCAUGUCCAAGCCCCCCGACCUCCUGCUGCGGCUGCUGCGGGGUGCCCCAAGGCAGCGGGUCUGCACCCUAUUCAUCAUCGGCUUCAAGUUCACGUUUUUCGUCUCCAUCAUGAUCUACUGGCAUGUUGUGGGAGAGCCCAGGGAGCAAGGGCAGCUGUAUAACCUGCCAGCAGAUAUUCCCUGCCCCACCUUGGCACCCCCCGCCCUACCCUCCCACGGCCCUGCUCCGGGCAACAUCUUCUUCCUGGAGACUUCAGACCGGACCAACCCCAACUUCCUGUUCAUGUGCUCCGUGGAGUCAGCGGCCAGAACUCACCCCGAAUCCCACGUGCUGGUCCUGAUGAAAGGGCUUCCAGGUGGCAACGCCUCCCUGCCCCGGCACCUGGGCAUCUCACUUCUGAGCUGCUUCCCGAAUGUCCAGAUGCUCCCGCUGGACCUGCAGGAACUGUUCCGGGACACACCCCUGGCCGACUGGUACGCGGCUGUGCAGGGGCGCUGGGAACCGUACCUGCUCCCCGUGCUCUCCGACGCCUCCAGGAUCGCACUCAUGUGGAAGUUCGGCGGCAUCUACCUGGACACCGACUUCAUUGUUCUCAAGAACCUGAGGAACCUGACCAACGUGCUGGGCACCCAGUCCCGCUAUGUCCUCAACGGCGCCUUCCUGGCCUUUGAGCGCAGGCACGAGUUCAUGGCGCUGUGCAUGCGGGACUUCGUGGACCACUACAACGGCUGGAUCUGGGGUCACCAGGGCCCGCAGCUGCUCACGCGGGUCUUCAAGAAGUGGUGCUCCAUCCGCAGCCUGGCCGAGAGCCACGCCUGCCGCGGCGUCACCACCCUGCCCCCCGAGGCCUUCUACCCCAUUCCCUGGCAGGACUGGAAGAAGUACUUUGAGGACAUCAACCCCGAGGAGCUGCCACAGCUGUUCAAUGCCACCUAUGCUGUCCACGUGUGGAACAAGAAGAGCCAGGGCACGCGGUUCGAGGCCACGUCCAGGGCACUGCUGGCCCAGCUCCAUGCCCGCUACUGCCCCACGACACACAAGGCCAUGAAGAUGUACUUGUGAGAGGCCUGCGAGGCCACCUUCCCGACCCCCUCCUGAUGGAGGGGGCACUUGGCCACCCUUCCUGGGGAGGCAAGAUUGGGGCCCAGGAGAGGGAGGCCUGAGCUGCCACUGGGCUUAGGCUGGCUGUUGAGGAGCUGAGGGAGCAGGUCCAGUGGGAGGCUGUGGACACCCCCAGGACAGUGUCCUGUCUUGAGGCAGGGCUGACCCGUGGUGCCAGAGCCUGUGGAGUGAGCUCAGUGAGCGCCCCAGGCCUUCUAGACAACAGGCAGGAAGGAUGAACCUCAGGGCACCCCUCGGGUGGCACAGGAAGCCAGACAGUUGGGGCAGAGGUGCCCACAAGGGCAGAGGCCGGUGCUAAGGGGAUGGGGAAGGAAGGACGAGGUUCCCAGAGAGGAGAGGAGGCUGUUGGUAGGAAAGCGGCAGCGAUGGGGGAGACCCAGCCCUAAGGACCAGGUGUGGAGUAGCUUUUCUCUUUUCUGGUUUUGGUUCCUCUGUCAGAGGGGCCAGCAGGGACUGAGUGGGCAGAGGCCUGGCAGUGCCAGCCUGGGGAGCCCCUUAGGGGCAGCCCCUCCUGCCCACCCCAUCCUUCCUCCUCUCCAGAGAUGCCAGGGGGGCGCGUAUGCUCUGCCCCUUCCCUCUGACAGGGGCUGGGUGGGGAGGCUCUUUAGGCUCAGGAGAAGCAUUUUAAAGAAACCCCCUCCCCAUUAUAAACAGGAGAAUAAUCAAUAGAAUAAAAGUGACCCACUGUCACCUCGGGCCUUGUGAUUGGUGAAGUGCGUUCAGGCUCACAGCCUCCUCCGCUCCAUUCUUCUGAUGGGGAGGCCACUGGGUGGACAGGUGGUGGCUUCGCCGAGGUCUCACAACCUGCCCGGCACGGAGAGCCUGGGACCUGGCUCCUAGCCCCGGCGUCCCUGGUGAUGGAGCGGGGAAUGAAGGGAGCUUGUUUUUCCCUCUUCCUUUUUCAAGGCUCGCAAACACCCGAGGUUGGGUCCCACCAGCACACCCCCCGAUGACAAGCCUGAAUCUGUUUAACAUAAAUGGGAGCAAAUGUGGACACUGAGGAGCCCACCACCCAUCCAGGGAGGGGUCCACUGAGAGAGCUGUGAGGGCCUGUGGGGUUCCUCUGGCCUCCACCUGGAUGCCUAGCUGAAAUCCCGGGAGGGUCCUGAAGUACUGUGUGGGCGGCUCCAGGACUGGGCCAUAGGAAUAUCUGAUCCCCACAGGGCAAGACCCCAGCUGGUUCGCAUUGUGGAAGCUGCCUAGGCGUUCCCACCAGGCUGGAGGAGAGCUCCCCACCAGGACUGGGGGUGCUGCCAGGAGCACUGGGGCCCAGCGGGCUGCUGUUUGGCAGCUGAAGGGGGAGGCAUUCAUUGGCCUCCGUUUUCUGCCCACAGACCGUCUCGGGCAGCAUGGGAAGGAGGUGAGCUUCCUGGCUCUUUAGGGGUAUUCAAGAGCAGAUUAUGUGUUGUUUUCUUUCUUUUUUUUUUUCUUGAACUCCUGACCUCGGGUGAGCCACUGCACCUGGCCCAAGUUUUGUUUUUGAUAAAUACAAAGGGUUGUUAAGUCAGUGAUUUCUCCAGCCACAGCAGCAUUUCAAAUGAGCAGGUUUUACUUAAAUAAUACAAAUCAUAUACUAACUAUAUAUGUAUGUAAACAAACGAGAUGACCUUUUACAGUC